AUGUUGUCGCGCAGUAUUCUCCGAGCUGCCACUAAUAGCACUCGGUCAUCUACUCUUGUACCGACUGCAACUCUACCAGGCAAAGCGCAAUGCCUAAGCUCGGUUCUACGCGUCCCGGCUCAAAGCCGCAGGUCUAUCUCCGUUUAUGGCUACACUCAGGCCAAGGCACUGGUUUACGCGAAAUACGGUGAACCCAAAGAUGUUCUUAGCCUUCACACUCACUCUAUCUCCGCCCCGCAUGGAUCCCAAGUCAAUCUCCGCCUCUUGACAGCUCCUAUGAACCCGGCCGAUGUAAACCAGAUCCAAGGCGUCUACCCUAGCAAACCACCAUUCGUCUCUACUCUCGGCACAGCUCAACCCUCCGCGGUCGGUGGUAAUGAAGGUGCAUUCGAGGUUAUUUCAACUGGUGCAGGAGUUAAGAAUUUGGCUAAGGGUGACUGGGUUAUUAUGAAGAAGACUGGUCAGGGAACUUGGCGCACCCAUGCUCAGCUUGAGGAAUCUCAACUUAUUAAGAUUGAGAAUAAGGAAGGAUUAUCGCCUCUUCAAGUCGGCACUGUUAGCGUUAACCCCGUUACUGCUUAUCGCAUGAUUCGUGAUUUCUGUGAUUGGGAUUGGAUGCGCGCAGGUGAGGAAUGGAUGAUUCAAAAUGGUGCGAACAGUGGCGUUGGUCGUGCGGCUAUUCAGCUUGGUCGUGAGUGGGGUAUUAAGACUUUGAAUGUUGUUCGUGAGCGCAAGACACCAGAGGAAACUGCCGCACUUAAGCAGGAACUUAAGGAUCUGGGUGCUACUGUCGUUGUUACCGAGGAGGAAAUGUUGACCGGUGGUUUCCGCGAUUUGGUUAAGGAGGCUACUCGUGGUGGUCGUGAGCCAAUCCGUCUCGCCUUGAACUGUGUUGGUGGAAAGAACGCUACAGCAUUAGCCAAGACUCUGGCACCUGAAUCGCACAUGGUUACUUACGGUGCUAUGUCGAAGCAGCCUGUUGCCUUGCCGUCUGGAUUACUGAUCUUUAAGAAUCUUGUCUUCGACGGGUUCUGGGUUAGUCGCUGGGGUGAUAAGAAUCCCGAGCUGAAGGAGAACACUAUCAAUGAUGUGCUGCAGAUGACUCGGACCGGUCGCUUCAAGGAUAUCCCUGUUGAUGAGGUGAAGUGGAACUGGAAGUCAGAGGGCACUGAGUUGGCGGAGAGUGUGCAGGGUACCCUGGGUGGAUACCGCAGUGGAAAGGGUGUGUUCACUUUCACUGGAGGCGAUGAGUAG